CAGACGGAAAGACCUCGAUGUUUUGGCUUAUUGAAUGUAGAAUUCGGACGAUUUUUUAACUCGCGUGCAUUCGACCAAAACAAAUGCUAUUGCAACAGAAGUUUACCAUUCGGAAGUUUGUACGUGCUAAGUGUGGGCAACGCCAUUAUUGUUUUUAUUAGAGCUACAAACACUGUUUCGCAUCGAUUAUAUCGCCGUUUUUUAUUUUGGUUUUGCGAAAGAUAGAAAGUAUCUGUGUGUGCAAAUAUGUGAAAGAUAGAAAAAAAAAAUUAUUUCAGUGAAAUUCAAGGAAGUGAAUUAAAAUAAAAAAGAAAAUCUUUAAAAAAUUAAAAUCUAUUUGAAAGUUUAUUUGCUUCUUUCCAAAAAAUAAAAAUAAAAUGGUUCUUUCGCCAAUAUUAGGAGCAGCAGCCAAAUUUGCACCAGCUGUUGGUGGCGCUCUCUUUAAAGCAAGUUCUGCUGCAACUGCAGGAAUUGCAGCUGGAGCGGCUUCGGGUCUUGGUGUGGCUGUGGCGGGAGCUGUUAAAGCAGCCACGGUAAUCGGUUUGGGCAAGCUUACUAUUUUGCCAUUUUUAAUUGCUGCUUUAGCCUAUUUUAACUACGACUUAUUUGAUCCCGAAAAUCGUCCUUUCAAUGUGGAAAAUGUUGAUAGAGCUUAUGAUUUUAUUAUAAUUGGCGGAGGUUCAGCAGGAACGGUAUUGGCAUCGAGACUUUCGGAAAUACCACAUUGGAAGAUAUUGUUGUUGGAAGCCGGUGGACAUGAAACAGAAAUAUCAGACGUUCCGUUGUUGUCACUUUAUUUGCAUAAGAGCAAAAUGGAUUGGAAAUAUAGAACCCAACCACAACCUACAGCCUGUCAAGCAAUGAAAGAUAAAAGAUGUUGUUGGACACGAGGUAAGGUGAUUGGAGGCAGUUCCGUUCUCAACACCAUGCUUUAUAUUCGUGGAAAUCGUCGAGAUUUCGAUCAAUGGGCUUCAUUUGGAAACGAGGGUUGGGGAUAUGAAGAUAUUUUACCUUAUUUCCGCAAGUCUGAAGAUCAACGAAAUCCAUAUUUGGCAAGAAACAAAAGAUAUCAUGGAACAGGAGGUCUUUGGACAGUACAAGACAGCCCCUACAAUACCCCAAUCGGACCGGCUUUUUUGCAAGCCGGCGAAGAAAUGGGUUAUGAUAUUGUCGAUGUGAAUGGAGCUCAACAAACGGGUUUUGCAUUUUAUCAAUUCAACAUGCGACGUGGUUCAAGAGCUUCCACAGCUAAAUCAUUCCUUCGACCAGCUAGAUUGAGGAAAAAUCUUCACGUAGCUUUGUUCUCACACGUCACUAAGGUUCUCACAGAUCCACAUACAAAACGAGCGACGGGAGUUCAAUUCGUUCGAAAUGGCCAACUUCAGCAUGUUUAUGCGACGAGAGAAGUUAUUCUAUCCGGUGGAGCUAUCGGAUCACCACAUAUUAUGAUGCUGUCUGGAAUUGGACAUGCAGAUGAACUAAGUCGAGUUGGUAUUCCAGUGGUUCAUCAUAUUCCCGGAGUUGGUCAGAAUCUUCAAGAUCACAUUGCUGUUGGAGGAUUGGCAUUUCUAAUUGAUCAACCAAUUUCUAUUGUUAUGAAGAGAAUGGUUAACGUCAACACAGCCCUUCGAUAUGCAGUGACUGAAGAUGGACCUUUGACCUCAAGCGUGGGUCUAGAAGCUGUGGCUUUUAUCAAUACCAAAUAUGCAAACUCGUCAGAUGAUUGGCCUGAUAUAAAUUUUAUGAUGACGAGUGCAUCAGUAAUGUCCGAUGGAGGAACACAAGUGAAGACUGCUCAUGGUCUUACAGAUGAAUUCUAUGAAGAAGUCUUCGGAGAAGUUACAAAUAGGGAUGUCUUUGGAAUAUUUCCCAUGUUGUUGCGACCAAAAAGCCGGGGUUACAUGAAGUUGGCUUCGAAGAAUCCUCUUCGAUAUCCACUCUUAUACCAUAACUACCUUACCCAUCCCGAUGAUGUUAAUGUUCUUCGGGAGGGUGUCAAAACUGCCAUUGCUGUGGGUGAAACUAUCGCAAUGAAACGCUUCGGGGCACGCUUUUGGAGUAAAAAGCUGCCCAAUUGUAAGCAUCUACCUCAUUUUACUGACGAAUAUUGGAAUUGUGCCAUACGUCAGUAUACCAUGACUAUUUAUCACAUGUCGGGCACGGCAAAAAUGGGUCUACCGUCAGAUCCCGAAGCAGUAGUUGAUCCUGAUUUGAGAGUUUAUGGAGUUCCUGGUUUGCGAGUCAUUGAUGCUAGUAUAAUGCCGACCAUUACUAAUGGUAACAUUCAUGCACCAGUUGUAAUGAUUGCUGAAAAAGGAGCCGAUUUAAUAAAGGAACUUUGGCUUCAACCAUCGCCUUAUGUUAGAACGAAAAGAUCGAUACAAAUUGAUAGUAAUAUUACGGCACCAAUUGAACAAUUUGAAUUGCCACCAAGAAGAUUCGGAACGUAACAAGGUCACUGAUAUCAUAGAUUAGGUUAAAAAAAAUAUUUUCUUGUUUGCGUUGGUAUACCUAUUUAUGUUAUUAUUGUUUAAGAAGUUUGUUUUGAAGAGAUAAACAUAACAUUUUGUGUAGAUAGUUAAAGAAAAUUGUUAAAGAUUUUAUGUGCGAUAUGAUGUUAAUUUUUUUUUAAAUAAUUAUAAGUUGUGAUUAAUGAGUCUGUUACUUUAUU